GACUGUCACACUGAUGACUGAUCGUAUUGUUUGAAUGGGCUAAAAAUCCUGUUAGUUCUGUUACAGAACCUUCAUGUGUGGUUUCAAAUAUUUACUACAUGAAAUUAGGUUUGAAUUAAUAUUGUGAACAAAGUGCAUUGGCCUAAGUUUCAGAAAAAGAAAAAAAAACAUAAAGCACUUAUUGUAACAAAUGAGGAGGAGAAGGAGGAGGAGGAGGAGGAGUAAAUCUCUGGAGAUAGGUAAAGACACAUAUAUACAUGUAUACAUACAGCAGCUGCCAAAGUCAGCCUCAUCAAAGUUAAUGGUAAAUUAGGGUGAGGGCGAGGGCAGGACUUGCGGAAUUAGAAUUAUACUGCACAGACUUUUGCUGAUGCUUUAGACGUCUGCAGCGUCUCUUCACUCUAGUGUUGAACUAUGUCUUUUUUCAGGACUUUUUGGAACAGCUCUGUCAUCAUUCACCCUCCAGGUUUCUACAUCAUUGGGUUUCAAAAGUAUCCUUUUGUCAGUGUUUACUUCAUCUUCCUGGCAUUUGUGUACGUGGUCACAGUGCUGUUCAACACUCUGGUCAUUUUCAUCAUUGUCUUUAACCACUGUUUGCACACGCCAAAGUUUGUGGCCGUGGUCAACCUGGCUGUGAUCGAUUUAAUCCUCAGCACGUGUCUUAUUCCUAGCAUGAUAAAGAUAUUUCUGCUUAAGGACAAUUUCAUAACAUUUAACUUGUGUUUGGUGCAGAUGUUUUUCUACUAUGCUGCUGGCAUUCUGGAGUCGUGUGCACUCGCCGUACUCGCCUACGACCGGUUGGUUGUGAUAUGUUUCCCUCUGCGUCAACACUCAGUCAACACUCUGAGAAGCAUGACAUUUAUCAUCAGUGUCACCUGGUCUUUUACUGUGGGAAUUGUGUCAUUUUCAAUAGCUAUAAUGACCCGACUGUCCUUCUGUAAUUCACUCAGAGUCUUCAGCUACUUCUGUGACUAUGCACCUGUGUUCAGACUGGCCUGUAACGACUACACUCUGCAGUGGUUGACAGCGUCCAUUCUCACUAUUCUGUGUCUGGGCGUACCCUUUGGUUUCAUCCUACUGUCUUACACUGUCAUCCUGGUGACGGUGUUCAGGAUGAAAUCACUGGACAGCAGGAAGAAAGCCUUGUCCACUUGUGUGGAACAUCUGAUUCUUGUUGCUGUCUUCUAUAUUCCAAUUCUUGUCAUUUUUCUGAUGGGUUUCUACCUGAGAGUCAUUGACCAGGACCAGCGAGUGCUCAGCCUGUCUCUGGCCUCCUGUAUUCCUCCCUGCAUUAAUCCUAUGGUGUAUUCUUUGAAAACUAAAGCCAUCAAGGUCAGAGCCUUGGCUGUGUUCAAAAGAAAGACAUUCAUCAUAAAUUCAUCAUGAACAGCAUGUCAUCUGUGAAUAAGCUUUGCUUGAAAGUGAUCGUUAUGCUUCAACUUUCACUGUUAUUAAUUGAGAUUUAAGCAUGCUUAAUUAAACAUCGGUGUGAUCAAUACUGUCAUAUGGAUCUAAGUAAAUAUG